CCCCCCCUUGCCCACCCCGGAUUCAUUAGCGCACCCCAUUAGUAUAAUACCCCGCUGAUCUUAAGAAAUCCAUCUGGAGUAGCGGGCAUUGGUGCUUCCGUUUCUCGCCAUUCCCUCCACUAAAUCUCCUGUCUCCACGCAUCCGCAAUUUCUUGUCUUCUGCCUACUUUUCCUUCCUUUCAUCUUUCUCAGCCUCUAUCCUUCUCUUCCCCAACCCACAACCCACAACCCUUCACCUAAACUAGCCCUCCCAACCGACGACUUCCUUUCUAAACCUAGUAACCUUACGAUCGACCGAGUUUUUUGCGAUACGUUCAUUUUUUCCACCGCGCGCGACUUUGUGUCGAGAUAUAAACAAAUUUCCGUAGUUGCUUAGUAAAUUCCGUGCUUACUCGCGAACGAUCGCCGCCUAAGGAUUAUAACCAUUUAAACGUUUUUUGGGAAUGGGGGGAUCUAUACUGGGUUGAAACACGAAUAUAACUGGUAAAAAGGAACCGUUUGGGUUGGAUACAAUACCGCCAAUAUGCCUGGAAUAUUACCUAUGAAAGUAAUCAAGGUGGGCACUAGCUCACAGAGCCGCAUAGCCCAAGCCUGUGACAGGUGUCGAAGCAAGAAGAUUCGCUGCGAUGGUAUUCGUCCGUGCUGCUCGCAGUGCGCCAACGUCGGAUUCGAAUGUCGUACUAGCGACAAACUUAGCCGACGUGCAUUUCCUCGAGGAUAUACCGAAUCCCUCGAAGAGAGAGUAAGGCAAUUAGAACUCGAAGUAAGGGAGUUGAAGGACCUAUUGGACGAGAAAGACGAGAAGAUCGACAUGCUAUCGAGAAUGCAUGACCACCGCCAACCAUCCGUCGGAUCCGUAGGAAGUCCGAGAACGGCAGAACCACGAAGAGAUACCAGCUCACCAGCGAAGGAGGAUACAUUUCGCGUUCAGGCUUCGCCGUUACUACUUGGUGUCGAGAAUUCAGACUCCUAUUUCAUGGGGCCUUCAAGUGGACGUUCAUUCAUUGAAUCUUUCAAACGCAGACUUCAAGAAAACGGUAAACCGUGUUCCGACUUCAACCCGGAGGCCUUCCUUCACAUCCAAGGAUGCUACCCGCUCGUCACCAACUCCCCCCCUCCGUCGAUGAGAAUACCGCCCCGCCUAUUUUCGGACAGAUGCGUAAAUGUUUAUUUCCAGGAAUGGGCGCCCCUAUUCCCCGUCCUCCACAAGCCGACUUUUCUCCGCCUGUAUGAAGAAUUUGUCGCCGAUUCGGAGAAGGUGAAAAACAAUCAUAAGCUCGCACAGCUUUAUCUCGUCUUUAGUAUUGCCUCCCUCUCCAGCGAAUUACCCGAUACGGAGCAGAUUGCUGCAUGUGAAGCUCAGUGGCAGAAAGCCCUCGAUGCAGUCAUUAUGGAUAACACAAUGAACACACUCCAGUGUCUAGUUUUGGCCUUAAUGUACUGUACUAUCAGGGCCGAUUACAAGCGAUUACAGCACUACAAGGGCAUUGCGGUUGGAUUGUCUCAUAGACUAGGGUUGCAUCAAAGUCAGAAGCGAUUUUCGUUCGGUGCUCUUACCAUUGAGACACGAAAGAAGGUCUUCUGGACGCUGUAUACCCUUGAUUGUUUUUCUGCUGCCAUGCUUGGCCUGCCAAAGCUGGUGAAGGAGGAAGAUGUUCACGCUGAAUAUCCAUCCGACACGGAUGAUGAAUACGUUACGGAGAAGGGAUUCCAACCUACUUUACCAGGAGAGUAUACUAGGCUCUCGAGUGCACUCGCAUUAUUCCGAGUUUCUCGUAUCUUAGCUAGCAUUCUCGAGAAGAUUUAUCCGGCCGCCACAUCGUAUGAAUUAUCACUGCAGCAAAUUGCGACGCUCGAUGCGGAUCUUUCGGACUGGUACGACAACUUGCCCACUCACCUGAGGCUGAAUUUUGUGCAAGAUAAGCCAUCAACGGAUAUCACUGGGAGCAGAUCCCCUAUCUUGGCACUUGCAUUCUAUUACAUUAAGGGACUUAUUCACCGCCCUGCCGUAGGCUCGAAUUUGGGAGGAAAGGCUGCUCCGGCCCUUUUCGCGGUUGGAGAGUCCAGCAAGCACAUUGUCCAGAUCAUCCAGCUAUUGGAAGAGAGGAGCAUGUCUUUCUCUUUCUGUCUCAAUAAGACUGAUGUUCUCGUGCUAUGUGGGACAAGUUUGCUCUACCAGAGUCUAGAGCUAAAACAUGAAAGCAAACUGAUGAAGGAUGCAGAACGGCUUAUAAAUGCCGUCCUCAAAAUUCUACUAAGGACAAAAGCGCCAGGGGCGUACGAUUUAAAGCGAGUUGCAUCCAUGCUUGUCACCAUCGACGUGCCUUCUCAGGCCGCUUCUCUGCGAACUAGCCCAGAUACAACUAUGGCUGCUCCAUCGAAGACAUCACCUUUAUUGAACGUCACGAGGAAGAAAUCGCCCUAUAAUUUGGGCCGGCCUGCCGGUACGACCAUGAGUGAGACAGACCUCCUCUCCCAACAAGAGAAGCUACGCCGUAUGACUUUACCGAACAGCCAGUCUGUUCGGCCAGAAAUCCAUCGCGCACAGUCACGUGCGUCACUUGAUAUGAGUGCAGAGCAAGCAAUGCCUCGGCGUGACCAUCGGUUCUCAAUAUCCCAAAUUCAGCAAACAAUGAUGCGCAUGUCACCCUCACACAAGUCUAAACAACGAAACCUCGAUUACCUCUCACUCAACGAUGCAUCGAAUGAACCCCAAACUUCGCCAACGACGCCGAGUCGGCAUCUUUCGUCACAGUCCAUGUCCCACGGCCAGCAUCAUCAACAACCACAACAACUCUACGCCCCAAAUCAGGCAGUAAAUAAGGGAGGCUCAAGUGGUGGUGUUUCGAUAUCAGAAUGGGAGGCACUUCUUGGCGCAAUGGACGGCGGGCAGAUCAAUGUGUACGACGCGAUAUAUGGUGGGCCAGGCUUGUCGAUGACAGAAACUCCCACCAGUACGACGACGGCUCUUGGCGAAUGGUCACCGGAUUCGUGGGAUCUUUCUAGUAUCAACAUUGGUGAUCUGACGAGCCAUCCCGGGGCGCCGCAGAGUGUGCUGAGCAUGAGCGACGAAAGCCUCAGUUCGGGGGACGAUCUUACCUCCAGCGACGUGUAUCUCAGGAUGGGAAGUGAGGAUUACCAAAACGGAUUAAUGCCACCACCCCGGACGAGCCGUGACGGGCACCUGAUGCUGGAUGGUCUCGAAAUGAACUUGGGGAUAUAACCGUAUUAUUUGGAAAGCGAAUGCGGCGGCCAUAUCACGAACGGCUGAAUACGAUUUAGCGACGAACGUUUUGUUAUAUACA